CCCACGAUAGGAGAAGGAAAUCCAAUUUGACGCCAACUCUAGUGUCGUUAAAAAUAGGAUCGGCAAUAACUAAUCAUGUUAGACGGCGUGAUAAUCGAUUCGAGAAGGGACCAUCAUCAAGUGUCGCUACGAGUGCUUCUGUGCGCGUUUGUGUUUUUCUCGAUUCCUCCCAACUUUCUGCCGUUUGUUUCUGGUGCAUCUUUCGAUGGAUACACAUACCCAACGCCGACUCCAACACCUUCCUUCGAUGGAUAUGAUUACACCACACCAAGCUGUCCGCUGCUCGAGCAACCAGUGCCCGCGUGUACCGCUUCGGCCACGAUUCUUACCGUACCCGUCCGGAUAAACGUGACGGAAACGAUCGUUACGUAUAUCAAGCAACCAACAACCGUCACCACGACGUUAAUUGUACCGACUACCUCCACCGAGAUACAUCGGGCAGUAGAAACCCAAACCAACUACCACACGACCACACACACCGAGAGAAUUUCGUUGCCUGCCGUAACGAAAACUUCUUCCGUUACUAGCACGAUCACUAGAAUCGAAACGAUCACCAGUCCCGUCGUGAGGAUAGAGUACGUUACCGAGCGUUAUCCUGUGGUCGAGUAUCGCACGGAUACAGUCACAAAGACAUCCACCUGUACGGUGACGGAGCUGUUCCCAACCACCUACUACAGUACGUACAUCUCUACGAGCUACGCGCCACCGGUGACGGAUGUUUCCUAUCUUACGGAAACUGCCUACCGUACGCUCACAUCAACGCAGGUGAACACACAAUUCCGCACGCAAACGGAAACGUCUGCCACUUAUCUUACCCACACGGAAACGAUCCGUGCGACCCGUACACUCACCGAAACGACCACCGUCACAGCGUCCUGUGCACCACCGCCGUUAAACAACGAAUACCUUCCAGUGCCAGCUCCGAGCAACGAUUAUUUGCCACCAGUUUCCGGUCGGCAGCAACCGGCCGAACAACGCGUACGAAGUAAUUUCGUCCUGCCGGAGGAUCUUCUACCACCGAAAAGACCACCGGUGCAGGAUACGGUUUCCGUCACAGUGACCAAAACCUUGGAUCCGGUUACGCUAACGAAAGAGCAUACGGUUACCAAGGUCACUACUGCUGGUAUUGCCAAUGGUGCCACGUCAGCAGCCGUCCGUACCAAAUCAGUGAUAGCCUUCGAUCAGCGCGUUACAAAGCUCGUCACCAUAACGCCCACGUUGACGAGCUACAUCUACAUGGAUAGCGUCACCGUUACUGCGACGAAACCUGCUGCUGCGCUAAAAGCAGGUUAAGCAGAAGAUGCUGAUCAGUUCAAAUCAGAAGAGAAAAUAUAACCCAAACAUUCCGCUACGGUAGAAUUCAAAUGUGGCCGGUGGGUUGCAUCAUAUUGCGCCAUACGCCAAAGGGGGUCAAUGGCGGGAAAGCAAAGACAUCAACCCCUGCUUUGUCCAUCCUGACGCCACUAAUGUGCCGGACACGAAGGACGUUAGUAAUGGGACAUACUAACCCUGAAAUCUUCAGCAAUGAUUCAGCUCGGUCCACUAAUUGAGAUGCCCUAACUCGGAGUCAAGAAGUACGAAAUGAUAUACGAAAAUAAAAACUAAUUAUUGAA